CCGACCCGUUUUUGCAAACGGGUCGGAUAUUUCAACCCAGACUCAACCCACGCCGGAUUUAAGAGAUUUGGCUGAAGAAGCGCGAGCUGAGUUCCCGUUGCUACUUCUAGUUCCUAUUCAAAGCUGGCGGUGAAGCAGCGGUGGAGGCGAGGACAGCAGGCGGAGUCCGCGAGUGCGGGCAAUUGUAGCAACGGCGGAAGGCGAUCGACGAGUCACGAGUGCGAGUAGCAGGCGAAGUUCGUGAGUGCGAGCGGAAAUCCGGAAUUGACUCCGACUUUCUGGUUAACCCAAACCGACCCGUUUUUUGAAAUAGGUCAACAAUCCAAACCCAAACUUGAUCCGUUUGCUAAUAGGGUCACCCAAACUCGGAUUUUUUCGGAUCGGAUUUUAGGUUAUGUCAAAAAUUGACAGCCCUAUAAAAUAUUAAUUAUUAAAUAUAUAAAUAUACAAUAAUUUUAUGAUAUUAGUGUAAAUCCCCAUAAAAAAAUUACUAAUAAAAUAGUUACCGGGCUACUACCUCACGAGCGAAGCAGGUGGCUGCAGCGCCGUAUUUCACUACUUCAACCUUUUCACCCAUAUCCGCCAUGCGCCGUUGAUUUCCGGCGCUGAAGAACAAGCCUCUGUAACUAUCGGAACUCAUGGGCGGCGGAAAUGGUGGCAGGCGGAGGUCCGGUAAAGAAAUUCCUACAAAUGGAGGAGCAUCAUCCCGUCGUAAACCCGUUAUCUCUGUUGACCUCUCUUCCUUUGUUCAUGAAAGAUCUACAACGAAAGCUGGAAGUAGCUCGAAAAACGAGUCACCCUUUCAUGGGAACGCCUUCAUAUACACUUAUCCUGAAGUUACCGCAACUGCUGGUGUCAGCGACGAGACCGUCGUUGCUGCCUUUGUGGAUCGGGAUUCCUAUCCCGAUCAGUUGGUUGAUGCCCCUUCCUAUGAGUACGAUGCGCCAAUCGUCGGCGGCGUUGGAUUGGGGUAUCGUGGCCAAGGAGAGGGAGAGGAAGAGGAAGAGGAGGAUGCUGCGGUUGUAAAUUUCGAGGGAGAUGAGAUGGAUUGCUUGGAUUCCUAUUCGACGCCGGUGAUUAAAAAAGACAGGUUUUUGAUGAUUGGAGGCGUGAGGGUUUACACGGAGGAUAGUUCUUCUUCAGACGAGGGAGAGGAUGGGCUCGACUAUGAUGGCAAGAGUAGCGAUUCUGGUGCGAGAAGAAUCUCUUAUUCCGGCGAGUCAAACUCUUCUGAUACCGAAGAGGAGGAUGCUGAUUCGUCAGAUGGUUCUUCAGAUGUGGAUUCAAAUUCUGAUAUUGACGAAGAAUUGGCUGAAGAUUACCUGGAAGGCAUUGGAGGGAGUUCGGAGCUGCUUAACGCUCAGUGGCUGACGGAAGUGAACUUGGAUGGGACUGAUAAAGAUAGGUCGAUAGGAAGUGAUGGUAGGCCUAAAGGAGGUGGUUUUAAGCUUGGGGCAAAGGCUUUGAUGACUGCAUCCAAGGAGUAUGGCAUGAAGAAGCCUAGUUCCAGAAAGGGUAAAGGUAAUGUAAGGCCUCGUCAAUUCGGCUCGCCGGUUGUGGACAUUGAUGUGUCAGGAUUGGAAGAUUUAUUGUUUGUCAAGGAUUCUAGAACAGCUUCAGGGAAGCGGAAAAAACGGCAACCUCCGCAUCUUUCUCGAUCGUGGCCUGCUGAGUCUCAGAAAAGCAGAAAGUUAGAUAAACUCCCAGGUGGGAAGAAGAAACACCGUAAAGAACUCAUUGCCAUGAAACGGAGACAGCGUAUGAUCAAUCGUGGUGUUGACCUAGAUCAAAUAAAUAAGAAGUUGAGAGAGAUGGUCAUUACUGAUACUGAUAUGUUCUCAUUCCAACCAAUGCAUUCCCGCGAUUGUUCUCAGGUUCAACGACUAGCAUCAAUUUAUGCAUUACGCAGUGGCUGCCAAGGCUCAGGCAAGAAGAG